AUGCAAGAAACAAGAGAAAAUUUAAAAAAUGAAGAAGUUUCCAUCAGAAACCUAGAGGUACAAGUAGGGCAAACUGCUAAGCAAUUGGCAGAAAAUCCUACCAAUUUCUUUCCUAGUGACACCAUACCAAACUCUAGGGAAGAAUACAAGGCCAUCUCUCUAAAGAGUAGAAAAGUGAUUAACAAGGAGCUUCCCAAGGAGAAUGAGAAGAUAACCAAAGAUCCUCUAGAAGAGAAAAAGGAGGAAAAACUAGAGGAAACUCCUGCACCAACAGAGCUGAAGAAGGAAAAAAUGAAACUCUAUGAACCAAGAAUUUCAUAUCCUCAAAGGUUACAGAACUAUGAUCAAAAGAAUAACCUUUUCAAGUUCUUGGAUGUGUUCAAAAAGUUACAAGUCAACAUUCCUUUCCCUGAAGCCCUUGAACAAAUGCCUCUCUAUGUCAAAUUCAUGAAGGAGUUGUUGCCCAAGAGAAAAUCCCUUAAGGAAGAUGAAAAGGUAAUCCUCACCAAAGAGUGUAGCGCCAUCAUUCAAAAGAAACUACCACAGACGUUGAAAGAUCCUGAUAGUUUUUAA